AUGGGUGUAGUAAGACUAAGUAAGCAAAUAGUAAGAUACAUACACAAUAGUGAAGCUCGCUGCUCUUCAAAGCUUUGCGGUGUCUUGCAGGGCCUUGAAACUCCUUGGACGGUAAUCGCCAUCUUUCAAGCUACUUUAAGAAUUACCCUUGAUCUCCGAACAGCUUGUGAGAAUUUCUUUCCCCUUGAAAGCCCCCUCAAGGCUGGUUCCCUCCUUGACGCCUUGAAAGCGCUUCAGCGCCCUUUCGACGCCCAAACCCUUUUUGGGACACUGUGCGACGUCGAAGCCCUCGCGCAGAGUCUACAAGCUAGCCCUUCCAGAGCUGCUCCUCCCGCUUCAGCUGUAGAGCUGGCGGGGCCCAAUGGGCCCAAGAUCCUUCACAGUAAGGCGAAAAAGAAAUAUCUGGUGGGUGCUCACAUGCUUGUGCACUGGAACAACCUAAACAUCUUCGCUCAGCUGACAAACGAGCAACUGAAAGGGAUUAAGCCUAUCAGUAUAGAGCCUAACCCUUACGGAGGACCCUAUCUCAUGAAACACUACAAUGCUUGCGACGUGGAGAAACUUGCAAAUCGUCUGGGUUUGCCAGCUCAAGCACCAGGUACUUCUAAGAAGCGAGUCUCGGCGCCGCCGUCGACUACUUCCAGGAAUUCUAAGGGAAAGACUGCAAUGGCAGUGAAAACUUACAACGUUGAUCACCGCUUCGAUCAUAAUUAUCAGGAAGGUGCUUUCGAUGGCAUGAGCGCCGACGAUGCAUACUACAAAUGUGAGCAGCCCCCCUCUGGUUACUUCCUCUCAUCCCUUCACUUAUUGACCUCCGUUCUUACAGUGAUGGGCAUCAUUCAUGGCCAAGAGGCAUGA